AUGUCCUAUGAUCGCUAUGUGGCCAUUUGCAGUCCCCUUCAGUACCCUGUGAUUAUGACCAGCUCACUCUGUGUGCGUCUUGUUAUCCUCUCAUGGGUGGGUGGCUUUCUCCUCAUUCUCCCAUCCACUGUCUUGAAGGCUGGGCUUCCAUACUGUGGUCCCAAUGUGAUUGAUCACUUUUUCUAUAACAGUGCCCCACUCCUCCACUUGGCCUGUGCUGACAUCCGUGUCAUUGAACUCUUGGACUUCCUCAGCUCCCUUGUCCUGCUCCUCAGCUCCCUCUCCCUCACCGUGGUCUCCUAUGUUUACAUCAUCUCCACCAUUCUGAAGAUACCCUCAGGACAAGGUCAACACAAAGCCUUUGCUACCUGUGCCUCCCACUUCACUGUGGUCUCCAUGGGCUAUGGGAUCUCCAUUUUUGUCUAUGCCCGGCCCUCCCAGAAGAGCAGCUUGCAUCUUAACAAGAUCCUCUUUAUCAUCUCUACUGUCAUCACACCACUCCUGAACCCCUUCAUCUUCAGUCUACGAAAUGAAACCAUGAAAGAUGCCCUGAAGGACAGCUUGGCCAAGGGCCAGAACUUCCUCAAGCAGAUGAAGUCCAAGUAA